AUGAAAGAGCAUGCUGCAGUAAUAGAGCAUAGAGGGCUCGUAGAAGGGCGAUUUCGUCUUCAAAACCAUCAUAUCAGUCACAGCAAAGCGAUAAGCAACUACCUAAACUUGAAGCAGCUGAUUACUGUCGUUGAGCCAGGCCUGUGGAAGAUCCGCUCUCCAAAUUCCAAUAAGUUUUUCAUGGUCGAGGAAGAGCGCUGUACAUGUAAAAAGGCCCUCAGUCAUUGCCGUAAGCCCGGCUGCUCUGCUUGUCCUUAUUCAUUCUUUUGCGAAUGCGACGAUGACCGCAAGGCAGGAUGCUGCGCUCAAACAGCCGUCCUCCAGUAG